CGGUUCGAAGGGCUUCAACGUGGUUCUUUAGAGUAUUCGGGAUCUUUCAGUUCAAUGUGAGACUUUUUGUAAAAAUUUGAUUUGAAUAGGCUGGUUAAGAAUGGGAGAGUUCAAAGUACAUAGAGUCAAAUUUUUUAAUUACAUGCCUUCUGGAAUUCGAUGUAUGGCCUAUAACAGCAGCACGGAUAAACUGGCUCUGGCACGUUUGGAUGGGUCUAUAGAAAUAUUUAACAUUUCAAACAACUACUUCCAGGAAAAGGUUAUCCCAGGCAAUGAUUCAAGAUCAAUUGAGGCUAUUUGUUGGGUUGGGCAUGAUCGUCUUUUCACUGCCAGCCUCAGUGGAGAAGUUAUGGAAGUUGAUCUUCAAAAACUUUGUCCCAAGUACAAACUCCAUGCUUUUGGAGGACCGAUUUGGUCCAUGUCCUGUAAUGCUGAAGAGUCUCACUUGGCGGUUGGUUGCGAAGAUGGGUCUGUAAAAGUGUUUGAAAUUCUUCCAGAGAAAAUACAGUUUGAACGGAAUCUAGAUCGACAGAAAGGUCGCAUCCUUUCUAUUUCCUGGCAUAAAUCUGGAGCAUUGAUUGCUGCAGGAACAAUAGAUAUGAUUCGGAUUUUUGAUGUGAAAUCAGGGCAUGCAGUUCAGAGGAUUUUGGUAGACCGAGGAGCAGCUGCUUGCCGUAAUUGGGAGUGUGUUGUGUGGAGUAUUGCUUAUUUAUCAGAUAACACAGUGGUUAGUGCAGACUCCACAGGCAAGGUUCAAUUUUGGGAUACAGAAAAAGGAACUUUAAUUAAAUCCUAUUUAAUUUCCAAAUGUGAUGUAUUGUCACUCUCUGUAUCUGAGGAAGAGGACAGCAUUCUUGCUGGAACAUCUGAGGGAACAGUUGUUCAGUUUCAGUGGCUGCCUACAACAAUUGAAAAUGGAGAUUACCAGUGGGUUAGAACAAGAACAUUUAAACACCAUACACACGAUGUCAGAGCUGUAGUUGAAACAAGAACUGCUUUAAUAUCAGGUGGUCUGGACACACACCUUGUUUUUCGACCCCUCUUGGAUAAAGUGGAAGAAAAGUCAUAUGACACUGCCUUAAGAAAAGUGACAUUUCCACAUAGAAAAUUAGUAUGCUGUGCAAAGAAACACAAUCUCCUGAUGUUUCAGUAUCCUGAUCAAUUGGAAGUGUGGAAGCUGGGAGGCACAGAUGUCAAGAGUAUUCAAGAGGACAAACUGCCAGUUACAAGAAAACCCGAAAAGUUACUUCAGUUAAAAAGAAAGGGAAGUGAUCACAUUUGUUGUAGCGCCAUAUCACAAUGUGGAAAUUGGAUUGCUUAUUCCACAGUUUCCUCAAUCCGGUUGUAUCAAUUACAGUAUGACAGCAACAGAGUAAAUAUUAAAAAGGUACAGAAUCUUCCAAAGGUUUUAUACUCAGCCCACCAGCUUCAGUUUUCAGCUGACUCUUCAAAGCUUUUUAUAGCCUCUGCUCAAGCAGCUGUUCAUGUUCUUAGUAUUUUUGAAACAGAGUGCAAGCAUCUCCACACAUUCCAUCCAAAGUCUGAUGUCUCUGAACCGGUACAUUUACUAUCAGCAAGUGCUAAUGGGCGGUGGCUUGCUGCUGCAAGUCAAAACUGUGAAAUUAAUAUAUAUGAUUUAAAAAAAUUAAAGCACCAUUGUGGUGUUCCUGUUUACAGUGCAAACCCCAGUGCAAUGGAAAUACAUCCAGAAACAGACAACCUGCUUAUUGUCUACUCAGAUCGUCAAAUAUUUGAGUUUAGUAUUACAGAGAAACAGUACACAGACUGGAGCAGAAAAGUACAAAAAGAAGGAUUGCACAGCCAUUGGUUUGAAAGAGAUACUCCUGUUACACAUGUGGCAUUUAACCCAAGGAAACCAUCUCAGAUAAUGCUUCAUGACAUGUAUAUGCUAUGCAUCAUUGACAAAAGCCUACCUCUUCCAGACAGGAAAAUGCCAUUAUAUAACCAGUUGAUUUUGAAAAACCUGACAGAUGAUGAACGAAAAAGACAAAGCCAUGCUUUUAAAAUUUGCAAAAACUAUCAGCACCUCUUGUAUGCAGACUUGCUUGAUGAAGAGUGGAUGGUUGUCAUAGAGCGCCCAAUAAUUGAAAUCAUUUCACAGCUGCCUGCUCCAGUCAGACAGAAGAAGUUUGGAACAUAACAAGCUAAUUUCAGUGGACUGUUCAUACAACUUCAUCUGCAUUGUAGCCUAAAAUACUAAAAAUAAAUACUUAUUUUUGCUUUUA